GAUGGGGAAGGGGAGGUGGAGUUUCCAAGAGGGAACUUGACCCGUUAGCAGCCGCGGCCAUGGCGGCGCGCUCGCCGCCCUCGCCGCUCCCUCCGCCCCCAGCGCGACAGUUGGGCCUCUGGUCCCCACGUGUUGGGCGGGGAGCUGUGGCACACGCAGUGCGCAGCGAGGCCUCGGGUCUGGCGAGCGCCGUGCGGGAGGGCGUCGUGGACAAGAACGAUAUAUGCUGGCGGGGCGAGGAAGGGUCAGGGGGCCGGCGAGGGCCCCGGCGGGCAGCUCCGGCUCAGGCUCCCCUCCUCAGCUCGCCCGCGGGGUCCAAGCGGCUGGAGGGCAUCUCGGUAGAGGAGGCGAUGGUGACCCGGACGCAGCUGCUGGAGGAAGAGCUGAGCAGCCUAAAGGAGGAGCUGGCCCUGUGUCAGGCUGAUAAAGAAUUUGUAUGGUCUUUGUGGAAACGUCUCCAGGUGACAAACCCAGAUGUCACACAAGCAGUCAGUUUGGUUGUGGAAAGAGAAAAACAGAAAUCUGAAGCUAAAGACAGAAAAGUUUUAGAAAUUCUGCGAGUUAAGGAUGCUAAAAUACAAGAAUUGGAACAGAGUGAAACUGGACUAAAAAAGGAAAUAAAUGACCUUGUUAAACGGAAGAUUGCAGUUGAUGAAGAAAAUGCUUUCUUAAGGAAAGAAUUCAGUGACUUGCAGAAGAAAUUUAAAGAUAAAAGUCAAGAAGUUAAGGACACUAAGGAGUGUGUGCAAAAUAAGGAAGAGCAAAACAGACUGGUUAUAAAAAAUCUGGAGGAGGAAAAUGAGAAAUUAAGUGCCCGCUGCGCUGACCUGCUAAAUGACCUGGAGAAACUGAGGAAGGAAGAAGCACAUUGGAGAAGAGAAAAAUAUAGCAUUGAUGCAAAAAUAAAGGCCUUUGAAGACAGUUUAAUCGAAGCAAAGAAAGAAAUUGAAGUAUCACAAAGUAAAUAUAACGCACUAUCAUUACAGUUGAAUAAUAAACAGACUGAACUUAUCCAGAAGGAUAUGGAUAUUACCCUUGUCAGAAAGGAGCUGCAAGAGCUGCAGAAUCUGUACAAGCAGAACAGUGUGCAUACGGCACAGCAAGCGGAGCUGAUCCAGCAGCUUCAGGUUCUGAAUAUGGAUACACAGAAAGUACUGAGGAAUCAGGAAGAUGUUCACACAGCUGAAAGUAUAUCAUAUCAAAAAAUUGAUGUGUACCAACUGUGGAAAGGACAUUGGACACUCCCUGGUAUAAAGCUUUACAAUGAGUUACAUAUUUGUUUUGAAACCACAAAAUCAAGUGAAGCUAUGCUCCGGCAAAAUGUUGUUAGUCUUCAGGAUCAACUCUUUCAAAAAGAGCUAGAAAAUGUUAAAUUAAAAGAAAAGCUUCAGGAAUCACAUGGAGCUCCCUAUCUUCUACCUCAAGAAAGUGAUUCAGAACACUCUGAACAGGUAUCUCAACGGCCAUCUUUAUCGAGCUUAGAAACUUUAAUGGUCUCACAGAAGUCUGAAAUUGAGUAUUUACAGGAGAAACUAAAAAUAGCAAAUGAAAAACUGUCAGAGAGCAAAUCUACCAAUAAGGGUUCCUUAGAGAACAGCAUCUGGACAAGUACUGAAGGAAAACAUAAGGAACCACCUGUGAAACGUUCAAGGUCUUUGUCCCCAAAGAGCUCUUUCACAGACUCAGAGGAGCUGAGGAACCUGAAGAAAGCUGAAAGAAAGAUUGAAAACUUAGAGAAGGCACUACAGCUAAAGAGCCAAGAAAAUGAUGAGCUAAGAGAUGCCCAUGAAAAACACAAGGAAAGGCUACAGAUGUUACAGACCAACUACAGAGCAGUAAAAGAGCAAUUAAAACAGUGGGAAGAAGGCAGUGGCAUGACUCAUGCCAGAAGAAUAAAGAGAGCAAAUCCUGAACAACUUCGACAAGAAGAUUCUGAUGCUGUAUGGAAUGAACUGGCCUAUUUCAAAAGGGAGAAUCAAGAGCUGAUGAUUCAAAAGAUGAAUCUUCAAGAAGAACUGGAUAAACUUAAAGUACAUAUAUCUAUUGAUAAGGCAAAAAUACAAGAAUUGAAUACAUGUAUGGCAGAGAAGAGAGAAGAACAACUCUGUAGAAACGAUGAAGAUGAUGGGGUCAAGAAGAGUACUCCAGAGAAGAAUGGGAAAGAAAUGUCGGAGCAGACAUUGCAGAAGGUCGUUGAAUUGGAAAAUCGGCUACAAUCUUUUGAGAAAGGGUCAAGAAAAUUAAAAGAAGGAAAUAAAAAAUUAAUGAAAGAAAAUGACUUCCUGAAAUCCCUCUUAAAACAGCAACAAGAAGAUGCAGAGGACAGAGGAAAAGAGCUAGAACAGCUACAAAAGGGGAGUAAAGAAGUAAAAAAAGAUAAAGCUGAACUUCAGGUAAAAAUCAGUGAGCUGGAGAGAGAAGUCACUUCCCUAAGGAGACAGGUGGCAGAAGCUAAUGGGCUGAGAAAUGAAAAUGAAGAGCUGAUGAAUUCAAUAGAGAAAUUGGAGCAUUCAGCAGACAAAGCUAAAUCUGAGAUGGCCACCACGGAAGCAAGAUCUGGACAAUACGAUUGUAAGACAACCACUACCAAGGUUAAAUUUAAAGCUGCGAAAAAAAAGUGCUCUGUGGGUCGUUACCACACUGUUCUCAAUCACUCCAUCAAGGUUAUGAGCAAUGUGUUUGAGAACCUCAGCAAGGACGGCUGGGAGGAUGUGAGUGAAAGCAGCAGUGAUUCUGAAGCACAGACCUCUCAAAAUUUAGGAACAAUUAUUGUAGAAACAUCCCAGAAAAUAAGUCCUAUAGAAGAUGGAAGACAUCAGAAAGAAAGUGACCAAACAGAAGAUAGCCAAAUGCAAGGAAAAGACAUGGUACAAAUAUAUUCAAAUACAGAUGGCAAGACCCCGAAGAAUUAUUUUCAUUACAAGAAUGCAAAAAAAUCAACUUUUCAAAAGAAGAAUGGUAAUAUACAAAAGAGCUCACAUACAACAGUUCCUACCAGAGUUAACAGAGAAAAGUGGAAAAAUAUAACGGCCCAGAAAUCAAGUAGCAAUAUUAUUUUAUUACGAGAACGUAUUGUAUCCUUGCAACAACAAAAUAGUGUACUUCAGAAUGCCAAGAAAACAGCAGAAUUGUCCAUUAAAGAAUAUAAAGAAAUUAAUGAAAAACUCCUUCAGCAACAACAAGUAUCUGAUCAACGAUAUCAGAUAAGCAGACAGACAAUAAAGAAGCUAAAUUUGGAUUUGUCUGGGCUUCGGAAGGAAAAAGAAGACUUGCUGAAGAAAUUGGAGUCCUCAUCUGAAAUCACAAGUUUGGCAGAAGAAGUUUCCCGGGUAAUAGUUCCACGGAUACAAGUUACAUCACUUGGUCCUUCAAGGAGCAUGGAUUUGGAGAUGAAGCAAUUGCAGUGUAAAUUAAAGAAUGCAACUAAUGAACUCACUAAACAGUCAUCAAAUGUGAAGUCUCUGAAAUUUGAACUCCUAGCAAAAGAAGAACACAUAAAGGAAAUGCAUGAAAAGAUGUCUCGAAUGGAGAGGGAUAUAACCAUGAAAAGACAUUUGAUAGAGGACUUGAAAUUUCGACAGAAAGUAAAUUCAGAAAGUAAUGAGAGUAUUAGUGAAAUGUUAGAAAAUCUUGAAAAAAAGGUGCUAUUUGCACAACUCAUAAAGCAGCUUGUACUUUGGCAUUCAUUAAAUGUUAUCCACUCCAGAGAGAGCAUCUCUCUUACUUUCCUUUUUGGAGAUAAAAAUGUGAAGACACUAACCGAAGAAUGUUCCAACAAGAAGGUAUCAAUUGAUUCACUAAAGCAGAGACUCAGUGUUGCCGUGAAAGAGAAGUCACAGUACGAACAGAUGUAUCAAAAAACUAAAGAGGAAUUAGAAAAAAAAGAUAUCAAACUAAGUUUCCUAGUAUCAAAAAUAAGUGAGACCGAAUCUGCAAUGGCAGAGAUUGAAACAGCAGCAUCUAAACAUCUUCAAGGAUUAGCACUUCAAAGUGAGCAAGCCCUGGAAAGUGCACAGAAGAAAUUACUGUUAGCCAAUGAGAAAGUUGAAGAGUUCACCAUCUUUGUGAAGGCUUUGGCCAAAGAGUUACAAAGUGAUGUCCGUGAGAUAAGGCAACAAAUCAGAGAACUACAAAAAAUCCAAAAAAACAGGGAUGCUCGUAAAACCUCAACCCAUAAAGCCCAGACCUUGGCAGCUUCUAUCCUAAACAUUUCACGGUCAGAUCUAGAGGAAAUAAUGGAUACAGAAGACGAAAUGGACAUAGAAAGGACAAAGAUAAAUGCUGAAAAUGACCGGGAAUGGCUGUUGUACAUUCAGAAACUUCUUGAAGGACAGCUUCCUUUUGCCUCAUAUUUGCUAGAAGCAGUACUGGAGAAAAUAAAUGAAAGAAAGAAACUAGUUGAAGGAUAUUUCACAAUUAUGAAAGAUAUUAGAUGAUAUUACGAUGAAGAACUUGUUUUCAAAUGUGAAAACUUUUUGUGUGGUGUGACUGGAAAAAAUACAUUGCCAUCCUGCUACAGUAUCUGCUCCAACUAUCAAUAGUCAGGUUCAAUACCAAAAUAAGAAGUCUCUGAAACUAAUUAAUUGCUGAACAAGUGAAACUAAUUAAGUACAUAGCCAUUUAAAAGGAAAUAGUGUAGCAUUUGAUUGUUGAAUACAAAUAUUGCCACAAAUCAAUGCAAACUCAAAAAUGAUUUUUUCUUCCAGUACAUGAGAAGAAUUUAGAACAAGCUUGGACACACAAAUUGGUCUGACUAUAAGAAGAAAAAGGUGUAAACUGAGGGUUUAAUGUUUUAAGUUUUAUAAAGAAACUAGACUGUGUACAUAAAACUGCAAUACAAGGCCUUAAGUCAUCAAAGAGCACAUUUGUAUUGUAAGCAAAUAUAAAAUGAAGCAUCAUUAUUUUAAGAAUGAGCAUUUAAUGAAAUAAACUGUGUGGUCCAAUUAUAUCUGUUCUCUGUAUACUGGGUAAUAUAGGAGAUACUGUAUUUUCCUAGAACUGUGUGGCAAAAAUAAAAACAUUUUCUCCUUCA